AUGGCCGAGACGGUGGUAAGCAUGGCGAGGUCCAUGCUGGGGGGCGCUAUCAGCAAGGCCGCUUCUGCCGCGGCCGCCGAGCUGAGCUUGGUGAUGGGUGUGCAGAAGGAUAUCUGGUUCAUCAAAGACGAGCUAAAGACGAUGCAGGCAUUCUUGGCAGGUGCUGAAGCAACGAAGAAUAGAGACAUGCUGCUGAAGGUGUGGGCAGAGCAAGUAAGGGAUCUGUCCUACAAUAUCGAAGAUUGCCUUGAUGAAUUUAUGGUCCAUGUGAGGAGUCAAAGCCUGAGGAAACGUCUUAGGAAGCUCAAAGAUCGUCGUAGGAUUGCUAUCCAAAUUCGCAACCUGAAAUCAAGAGUUGAAGAAGUGAGCAGCAGGAAUGCACGCUACAAUUUGAUCAAGAUAGAGGCCUCAAUGACUAGUGAUAAGGAGGUUUCUUGCAUAGAAGAUGUACGUAAUCACUCGGCAAGCAACACUGAUGAAGCAGAACUUGUGGGCUUUAGGAAGCCUAGGGAGGAGUUGAUUAAGCUGAUGGAUGUCAACACUAGAGAUGGUGAUGCCAAAGUUAUAUGUGUCGUUGGCAUGGGCGGUUUAGGCAAGACUACUCUAGCAAGAAAAGCUUACGAAAGUAAGGAAGAUAUUGUGAAUAACUUUUCUUGUUGUGCUUGGAUCACAGUUUCACAGUCAUUUUUCAAGAUAGAAAUGCUCAAGGAUAUGAUCAGGCAACUUCUCGGUGGAGAUUCACUGAAGAACUUGUUGAAAGAACUUGAAGGGAAGGUGGUACAAGCAAAGGACCUCGCCGAGUAUCUCAAUAAGGAGAUUAAGGAUAAGAGGUACCUUAUUAUUCUUGAUGACUUGUGGACAAUAGAUAUAUGGAGGUGGAUGAAAGAUAUUGUUUUUCCUAAUAGUAACAAGAAAGGUAGUCGGAUAAUAGUAACAACACGUGAUGUUGGCUUAGCAAAAGAAUGUACUCUUGAAUCCCUUGUCUACCACCUUAAAACCUUGGAGGUAGUCGAGGCCACAAAUUUGCUACUAAAAAAGAGUAGGAAAAUAUUUGAAGACAUGGACAAAGAUGAAAACUUCAAGAGCAUAGUUGAAAAACUAGUUAAAAAGUGUGGUUGUUUACCACUGGCCAUACUCACAAUUGGAGGGAUCCUUGCCACUAAAAAGAUAGAAGAGUGGGAGCACGUCUAUAACCAACUCCCGUCUGAGCUUGAGAGUAACCCAAGCCUUGAAGCUAUGAAGAUGAUGGUUACUUUGAGUUACAACCACUUGCCAUCUCAUCUUAAGCCAUGUUUAUUAUACGUAAGCAUCUUUCCCGAGGAUUCAGAAAUCCAGAUGAGGCGUCUAGUAGAAAGAUGGAUUGCCGAGGGGUUGAUUAGGGGUGGGACUGGGGUGAACAUUGAGGAUGUGGCAAAAGGUUACUUUAAUGAGUUAAUCAACCGAAGCAUGCUUCAACCAUCAAGGGUGAACAUAGAAGGAGUUGUGAAGAGCUGUCGAGUCCAUGAUAUUGUGCGUGAUGUCAUGAUCUCAGUUUCUAGAGAUGAAAAUUUUGUGUAUGUGGCGGGACAUAAUGUAACUGGUGCUAUGGAGGAGACCUUCCGACAUGUAGCAUACCAUGGUAGCUUUGAGCGCGCCAAGCUAGUUGCUGAGCUUCACAUGGGAUGGUCUAGCCGUUGGACAGAGUCAGAUGGUGUGAGGGUGCCAAAAGGAAUUGGCAAACUGAAAGAGUUGCAAAUACUAGAGGUUGUGGACAUCAGCCGAACUAGUUGCAAAGCAAUUAAAGAGCUACGUGAGCUUGUGCAGCUGAGAAAACUGAGCGUGGUUACACAAGGGGCCAGCAAGCAAAAAUGCAAGCUACUGUGUGAUGCCAUGCAGAAGCUCACUUGCCUCCGCUCCCUUGAAGUGGCUGGGUCACUCGGGUGGGUGCAUGUUGUUUCCUCUCCUCCUCCCCUGUUGAGGAGUCUGAAGUUGGGUGGAUUCCUUGGAGAGAUUCCUGGCUGGGUUGGCAAUCUGAUGCAUUUGGUCAAGCUUUACUUAGGGGCCAGUGUAAUAAAGGAAGAAGGUAAAAUCAUGGAAAUACUAGGGUCACUUCCCAACCUCAUGCACCUUCGUCUUGGACCCAGCUCUUAUAUUGGGGAGAAGUUGGCGUUUAAAACGGGGGCAUUCCCAAAUCUCAAGAUGGUUGGUAUUUGUGAUCUGGUGGGACUGAGUGAGUUGAAAUUUGAGGAUGGCACCUCACCCCAGCUGGCAAUGAUAGAUAUCGCUGUGUGCAAUUUGGCAUCAGGAAUUAUUGGAGUCAACCAGCUUCCAAAUCUCAAGGAGAUAGCACUUGGCGACGAAGGUCGAGUGGCAAAGCUUGCUAUGUUACAAAGUGAAGUGGACGCACACCCCAACAGUCCCGUGCUGCGACUGAAGAUGGACCGAAACGAGCACGACCAGGGGGACGUCGUCGUCCAAGUGGAAGAAGCAACGGGGGAAUCAUCAGCGGGAGGGAGCUCACGAUCCUAUGCAGUGGUGACCACAAACAUCAGCCAAGAUGAUCUGCUUUACACUUACAAUUCCUGCUGA